AUGAAUUAUUUUCAUUUUUUUGUAUAUACUCUUCUUACAUUUAUAUCUUUUUAUGUGUCUUUUUUAAAUUUUAAAUCCUUUUCUCAUUACAUUCAAAAAAAAUGGAACAUUUUAUUAAUAUGGAACUUAGAGUUUUAUAUUAUAAGACUCAUUAAUAAGUUUUUUAAUUACAUUUUUUUAGGAAAUAUUCUAGCUAUAGAACGUCAGAAAGCAAGAGAAGAGUUAAUCCAUCAGUUGAUGAAUUUAUUAAUUUUGAUAUUUUUAAUCACUUCGUUAAAUAUUAAUGAAGUAAUUUGUUGGAUAUGUAUAUUUACUCCGUUGAUAUAUGAAUCAAUUAGAAUAAAAAUUAUUAAGGAAAGGAUUUAUCUUUUUAAUAAUUUUAGAAUGGAAAGGAAACAAAGAAUAAAGUUGUUGUCGUAUGUUUUUUUUACUUUAAUUGAGUGUGUAAUUAAUUUAAAAAUAAUUUAUAAUUUGUUCUACAAUUUAAAAAGCUCAAUCAAAGUAAUAAUAUUAUUUGAACCAAUAAUUAUUUGUAUAAAUUGCCUAUUUUUAAUUAUAAUUUCAUCAUAUCAUUAUUUUAAUUCAAAAAUAUUUUACGAAAAGCCAACAUAUUUUUAUUUUUUAUUAAGUUUAAAUAAUAUUAUUUGUAAUUUAAUUCAAAUGUUUGAAUAUAUUUAUAUGUGGUUUUUUUAUGGCUCAUUUUUAAAUUUUAUUGAUUUCUUUCUCCUUUUGAAGUUAAAGAAUUGCUUAAUUUGCUUAAAAAAUAAUUACAAAUCUACUAAAAAUUGUUUCAUUAAUGAAAAACUAUUUAAUAAUUAUUUUAAAAAUGAAGAUAAGAAAUAUCUAAAAUUAAACAAUAUCAUUUGUAUCAUUUGUAGAGAUUAUAAUUAUCACAUUAAUUAUAAAAAACUUACCUGUGGUCAUUCUUUUCAUAUUUCAUGUUUAUAUUUACUAUUUGAAUAUGAUAAGAGUUUUCUUUGUCCUAUAUGUAGGAGAGAAAUAAAAUAUGAAUUAGAAGAUUUUGAAAAGAACUAUGAUAAUUUAAAUAGUAACUCAAUAAAUUGUAAUACUGUUAAUACUAGUAAAGAAGAAGAUACGAAUGAAAAUAAAAAUCAUAUUGAAAAAUCUGUUAAUAACAGCAUAUGUGAAAGUUCUAAUGAUCAUGUUAACCCUAUUAGUCAUAAUCAAGAAAACUAUGAUAAUAUAAAUAUAUAUAAUGCUAAUAAAAGUAAUAACAUUAAUGAUGAUAACUGCAAUAACGAGAUAUACAAUGUAAAUCGUCACAAUUUAACGAUUAAAGGAGAUAAAAAAAAUUUAAAUAAUGAGUAUAACAAGAGUAUUAUAAAAUUUGAAAAAGUUUCAGUUAGUAAUAUAUAUUUCAAUGUAUACAAUGAAAUUUAUGAUCACUAUAACAAAAAUAAAAUAAAUUAUAAUGAUAUUAUUGUUUAUAAUUACAAUAAUGAUAAAUAUAUGAAUUAUAACAAUAAUAUUAAUACUGUAUAUAUUAAUAAAAUUUAUAAUAAUUGUGUAAAUAAAUCUAAUUAUAGUAAUAGAUACAAUAGUUUUUCAUUAUCACAACCGAAUUAUAAAAAUGAUAAUAUUUUAUCUAUUACUAAUAUUGAUUCCAAUAUUACUUUAUUAAGUAAUGUUAAAAAUAAUAUAACAAGUAGUAAUUUUUCUAGAAUAAAAAAUAUUGAUGAUAAGUAUUAUGAAAGGGUUAUUAAGGAUAAUAUUUCUUUACUGAAACAAGUUAACAUAAGUUUUAACAAUAUAUUAAAAAGUAAAAAUGAAUAUUUUUUUACUAACGUAAAAAGAUGCUAUAAUAAAAAAUAUGAACAUGAAUAUUUAGGAAUAGAAAAUAAAAUAUUUAAUAUAGAAAAAUAUGAUUUUAAAAAAUACAUAACUAUUAGUAAUAAUGUGAAAAAUAAGAAUAUAUUUUCUUAUAACCAGUAUAAAAUAAAAGAUAAAGAAUAUGAAUUAAAUCAUAAAUGUGAGAUUCAAAAUAAUAUAAUGAAAAAUAAGAGUGAUAAAUUAGAAGAAAACAACUAUAAUAAAUUAGAACACAAUAAAAAUUAUGAUGAUGCAAAAGAAGAUAAACAUGAAUCAAUUGAAAAUGAAAAAACGAAUAAAUUUAAGUUUAUUAGAAAAUUUAAUUUAUUUAAAAGAUCUAAAGAUAAAAAUACAACUUUUGUAAAUCAUAUGAAUUCUAAAAAAAGAAGUUAUAAGUUAAAUGUUUAUGAUUUUUUUAAAAAUUUAAAGGAAAAGAUUCGUAGUCGAACUGAGAUAAACUUAAAUGAUACAAACAAGAAAAAUAAAACACUCUUUUUUAAAAAAAAAAACUAA